CCUCACGAUCACUGUCCCCCAAUCUCGCCGCCGCCUCGCCGCCUCGCCGCCUUGCCGCCGGUGGCCCAACUCGGUCUUCCUCCCGUUCGCCUCUCCGGCGGAUCAGUUUUCCUGUUUAUCUUGAUCUUUCGAUCACGCAGGUCAGUCCUCCCCUUCCUCCCGCAAGCCCCUCUCUCCUCCACACUAUCGUUUCCGUAAUCCGGCUGCUACAACUUCGGUCCUCUUCUCUCCGACGACGUCGUUCUUCUUUUCAACUCAGUUCUAGGACUAGUUAUGGCGGUUCUCACCGGCUCUCCAUCCACACUACAAAUCCUUCCAAAAAAGACCUUACUUGUUCCCUCAACUCGUUCUCAAUGUCUAUUCAUGACCUCUCUCCUUCGUCCAUCAUCUAUCUCUGCACUCACUUCCAUGCAAAAGAAAUCUUCUUCUAAGGUUGUUGCCUUGCUACUUUCGGAGAAUGAUAGUCACCGUGGUGAUGUUCUUCAUGCUGCUAGUUCUAUGCUCUCAAAUUGCCUCUCUGAAACCCACCUUGAUCAAACUGUGCGUGGACUUCUCUCCAAGUCUAGAGGCAAGGUGAGGGAUGUUUACGAUGCAGGAGACCAUCUUGUACUGGUUACCACUGAUCGACAGAGUGCAUUUGAUCGUGUUCUUGCCUCCAUACCCUUUAAAGGCCAGGUUCUUAACGAGACAAGUCUAUGGUGGUUUAAUAAAACUCAACAUAUUACUCCGAAUGCUUUGGUUUCUGCUCCAGACAGAAAUGUGACAAUUGCAAAGAAGUGCUCUGUGUUCCCAGUUGAAUUUGUUGUAAGAGGUUAUAUAACUGGUAGCACUGAUACAUCCCUGUGGACAGUUUAUGCUGAAGGGAUUAGAAACUAUUGUGGAAAUUCACUUCCUGAAGGAUUGGUAAAGAAUGAGAAGUUAUCUGCAAAUAUACUUACUCCAACAACUAAAUCUGCAGACCAUGAUGUUCCUGUAUCACCUGAUGAGAUUCUUCAAUUGGGCUUGAUGACAAAAGAUGAAUUAGAUGAAGUAAGCAACAAAGCAUUGGCCUUAUUUUCUUAUGGACAGCAAGUAGCAUUGGAGAAUGGCCUCAUACUAGUUGACACAAAGUAUGAAUUUGGAAAAGCAGCUGAUGGGACAAUAAUGUUAGUUGAUGAGGUGCACACCCCUGACUCUAGCAGAUAUUGGAUUGCUAAUUCUUACCAGGAGCGAUUUAAUUCUGGCAUCGAACCUGAAAAUGUUGAUAAGGAGUUCUUAAGGUUGUGGUUCAAGGAACAUUGCAACCCGUACGAAGAUGAGGUUCUCCCUGAGGCCCCCAAGGACCUUGUUUGCGAACUUGCAUGGCGGUACAUCUUCCUCUUUGAAACAAUCACAAAAUCCAAAUUUCAAUUGCCUGUUUCAGAGGAACCGAUACAUGACAGGAUAACCAGGAAUGUUUCUAACGCGCUCUCAUCUUUUUGAUCGUCGAUUGUUCUCCAUCCGUCCCGUCUAGUUCGUGGAGCUGCCAGUUGAAGGAAGAGAAAGGGCAGUAUUCUCUUGCACUAUUCUUUGCCAUAAUCAUGUUUGAUAAACUUAUAGCAAAAUAAGUUAAACCCCAUUGAUCGAAAAUACAUGCCAUGGGAUGAUUUUUAGAUUAAUGUCUUUAUUUUUCAUGAAUAAGUUAACUUUGAUCCAUAUAUGAUCUUUAUGCUGCCUUGAUCUUA